UGCUUGUUAAUGAAGGGUGACAUUGAUGGGUCUGUCAAACUACACGACAUUGUUCGAGAUGCUGCUCUGUCUAUCGCAUGCGGAGAGAAACAUGCAUUUACCUGUCGAAACGGCGCUACAUUAAUGGAGUUUCCGGAAAAGGAUCGCAUUAAAAUUUCUUUGCCUUUCUGUGAUUUCCGAGAACUUAACGGAUCUGAUUCAGAAACUUUCCAGUUUGAAUGUCCAAAUGCAGAGCUGUUGCUUCUCCUUACUGAAGAUAUUUCCUUAAAAGUCUCUGAUUCAUUUUUUGAGGGAAUUACAAAACUCAGAGUGUUGGAUUUUACAGGAAUGCGUUUUGGAUGCCUUCCUUCAUCCAUCAGUUUCCUAACAACCCUUCAAACCUUGUGUUUACAUCGUUGUCAUCUGGAUAAGUUCUCUAUCAUUGGAGAGCUUAAGCAACUAAAGGUUCUAAGUUUUGUGGACGCCUAUAUGGUUGCUUUGCCCCCAGAAAUAGGGCAAUUGACUCGACUUAAAAUACUAGAUUUGAGCAAUUGUUCCAAAUUGAAAGUUAUUCCUCCAAAUAUCUUCUCGAAGCUGAUAUUGUUAGAAGAGUUGUAUAUGGGCAAUAGCUCUAUUGAAUGGGGGGAUGAAGGUAACACAAGUCUUGUAGAGUUGGAGAAUUUGUCUCGAUUGACCACUCUAGAAAUGCAAGUUAUGGAUUGUCAGAUGAUAUCAAAGUCCUUGUUCUUUAGUUUCAAAACGUUGCAAAACUAUAAAAUAAUUAUAGGAGAUAUAUGGGUCUGGAGAGUGAAUAAUGAAUGCUCAAAAAUGCUGAAGCUCGAGUUAAAGACAAGCAUUCAUUUUGAGCAAGGAAUACUAAAGUUGUUGAAGGAAACUGAUGAUUUAUAUUUAGACAAUGUGAGGGGAAUUGAGAAUGUGUUGUAUGAUCUUGACGGGGAUGGAUUUCGACAAUUGAAACAUCUUCAUGUCCAGAAUGAUCCUUUACUUCAACAUAUUGUCAAUUCAACAACGUUGUCUUCAUGUCCUGCAUUUCCCAUUUUGCAGUCGUUGUUUUUGGAUAAUCUAUUGAGUUUGGAAAACCUUUGUAUUGGUCGGCUGGCAGCAGGGUCCUUCUGUGAACUUAAAGUUUUAGAAGUCAAAAAGUGUAAGAGAUUAACAACUCUAUUUUUGUUGUCCUGCAAUAAUCAUGAAGAAAUUGUUAAUGUUGAAUUAACCCAGUUAUGCUCGUUGACACUGGACGAUCUACCACUACUCAAAAGCUUUUGCAAUAAAAGAAAGGUGCCACUAGAAUCUUAUUCGAGGCACAAACAGUUGACAGUUGAUGAUCCAACAUUUCAGAAAAGUGUAUCAUCAGAGGGUGAGCCAAUAUCACUUUUCAAUGGACUGGUUUCUCUUCCUAACUUGAAGAAUCUUACAAUAAGAUCAGUUUGUUGCAAAAAGAUAUGGCACCACCACCUCUCUGUCACAUCUUCAAAUUUAACAAGCUUGAUUGUUUUUAGCUGUCAUAAUUUGCAACAUUUAUUUACAUCUUCAAUGGUUAAAAGUCUUCCACAGCUCAAAGAAAUUGAGAUACGACUUUGUGAUUUCAUUGAAGAGAUAAUUGUCACAGAGGACUCUGCAGAUGAAACAGAGAAGACAGAGAAGAUAUGUUUCCCGAAACUGGAAAGCUUGAAGCUUAAAAAUCUUAAGAAGUUGAGUAGUUUCUGCACUGGACAUCCAAUUGAAUUUCAAUCUCUUAAAGAAUUGGAUAUUUAUGGGUGCUCUGCUUUGACUACCUUCAUUACUCGUACCCAACAAGUUAGCUCAGAGGCGAACAACAACACUGAAGCACAAUCUUUCUUUAAUAGAAUGGUUGGGUUUCCUAAGCUAGAGCAAUUGCAUCUUAACUCCAUACGGAACUUGCCAAAUAUAUGGGACAAUCAGCUCAUGCCUAAUUCCUUCUGCAAACUAAAAGCCUUGACGGUUAGUGAUUGUCAAAAGCUAUUAACGGUUUUUCCACCUGACGACUGGCCCAGAUUCCAUAGAUUGGAAAGGUUGAGCAUUUGUAGUUGUGAUUCAAUGCAAGAAAUAUUUAAAUUCCAAGAGUCGGAUGCUGAAGAAGACACAGAUGUUGUGGUAGAAUUUAAGCUGAGAGAACUGAGAAUCUACGACCUUGGCAAACUAAAGAACAUAUGGCAUAAGGAUCCGCCAGCUGCUUUUACUUUCCAAGAACUACAGUCAGUGGAAGCUGAGGAUUGUAAGGCUCUAAAAACUAUCUUUCCAACCUCCAUUGCUGCAGGCCUUUCUCAGCUUCAAAGUUUAACAAUAGAAAGUUGUGGAGUAGAGGGAAUUAUAGCGAAAAGUGAAAUUGCAGGAUCAUAUCCUCAUUUUAAGUUUCCUCAAAUAACUUCUCUUACACUUGUGAAGUGUUUGUAUUCCGGGAGGCAUAGAGCGGCGGAGUGGCCAAAGUUGAAAUGUUUGAAGGUGAUUGAAUGUGACAGCGCAAUGAUGUUUGGUUCAGAAGAAGCAGCACAUGAAGGAGAAGGAGACAACAAAGACAAUAUCUUAUUUCAACCCCUUUUUAUGUUUGAAAAGUUCAAUCACAACUUGGAGCAAUUGACACUACACCACAAGGAUUUGCUGAGAAUACAGAUUGGUCGAUAUCCUGCCAACUGCUUUUCCAAAGUAAAAAUACUUCGACUGCAUUACCUAAGGCCCGAAUCUUGCACCGUUCUGCUUGGUUUCCUCAAAACACUAUACAGUCUGGAGGAAUUUGUUGUUGACCAUGGUUCUUUUGAAGAGCUUUUCUCAGACGAGGAUGUGAUUUAUGUGCCACUGAAACAUAUGACCAUAUCUGAUGCUUCUGAUUUAGAGAAUAUAUGGAAGCAAGAGGCCAGAUUUACUCAAUACCUUGAGACACUGAAAAUUAAGAGAUGUGAUAGUUUAAGCAAAAUAGUGCAAUCAGCAUCAUCCUUUCAAAAUUUAGCGACUCUAAAAGUGAGUAGAUGUGGGAAGUUGAAAAGCUUGUUUACUGUCUCCACAGCAAAAACUAUGGCAAACCUCUCCAAAAUGACCCUAUGCUACUGUGAUAUGAUGACUGAAGUGGUGGAAAAUGAUGGAGAUCGGACAGAGGAUGAGGUGGUUUUUAACAAAUUGAAAACUUUGCAACUUAGAUAUUUACCUAUUCUCACCAGCUUUACCCCGGGGAAUCAUGCAUUUAUUUUCCCAUUGUUAGAAGAAGUACUAGUUGAUGAAUGCCCUCAGAUGAAGAUUUUCUCUGCCGGAGUCUUGAGCACACCGAAGCUACAGUCAAUCAGAAACUCCAAAGAUUCACCAGAGAAUCAAUUUUGGGAGGGAAGCUUUAACGCCACUAUUGCAUAUCUGUUUCUGGAGUAUAUGCUAUCGCAAGGGGUCGAAACAAAUUUCGGGGUAUCCCAGUUUCCAGCUCUAAAAGACCAUUGGAAGGACCAGCACCUGGGGAGGCGCUUCCUCAGUGUACAAUAUCUGACAGUGGAUGGAUGUGCAUCAUUCACAAAAGCUUUAUCAGCCAAUCUGCUCCACUCAUUGAACAAGCUAACAACUUUAAAUGUAAGUGACUGUGGAUCAAUGGAAGAAGUAUUCGACUUGGAAGGGAUGUCUGCAUAUGAAGGGCGUGUUGGGUUGCUGCCUCGACUAAGGGCAUUGCAUUUAAAUGAUUUACCAAUGUUAAGAAAUUUAUGGAACAAGGAUCCUACAAAAGUUUUGGACUUGAGGAACCUUACAAUUCUCAAAGUGGAAAACUGUAACAGCUUGAAGUAUGCAUUUACUCAGACUGUGUCCAGGUUCCUUGUGCAACUCCAAGAGAUACAUCUGAAAAAGUGUCACAUGAUGGAAGGAAUAAUCAAAAAAGAGGAAUCAGAGGAACAAGUAACGCCUGAGAUAAUUUUUCCUUCGUUGAAGAAGAUUAGCAUACAUGAAUGUCCAAAUGUGAAAACAUUGUUUAACGCAGAACAGAGGCCAAGCAUAAAAAAUAAUGCACCUAUUGACAGCCUUAAGGUACUUCCCAAUUUGGAAGAGUUGUCAUUAGACCACAACUCCACAAGAAAUAUAUUGGAUUCUGAAUUCCCGCUGGAAUUCUUUUCCAAAGUAAAAGUCGUGGAGCUGAUUUCUAUUCCAAAAAAAUCAUGUUUGUUUACCUUCGAUAUUCUUCGAAAAUUAACCAAUCUGGAAAAGCUUGCUGUCGGUAGUUCAUCUUUCAAAGAGUUAUUCUUUUUGGAAGAACAUGAUAGUGCCAUAAUUCUGCCACGGAGUUGUCAUCAUUCUGCUUCUUUCCAAAAUCUAACAACUCUAGAAGUACGGGAUUGGAAUAAAUUAAUGAGCUUGGUACCGCUGUCAGUGGCCAAAAGUAUGGUGCAACUUGUGACAUUGAGAGUAGAAUCUUGUGAAAUGAUGAUGGAGAUAGUAGGAAGUGAACAAGACAAGACAAUGGACGAGGUUGUUUUCAGAAAAUUGAGUAAUAUAGUACUUGAAGAUUUAAAUAGCCUGAGUAGCUUCUGUUCUGGCAGUUACAGAUUCAAUUUUCCAUCUUUGGAAAACGUGACUGUAUCAGGUUGCCUUAAUAUGGGGAUUUUCUGUCCCGGAGUCUUAAGGACACCAAAGCUGCACUCUGCGAUAAUCUCACAUACUACAUUUUAUGGCGAUCUCAAUGCCAUGAUUCAAGAAUCACACUUGAGUAUGAUUGGAUUUUGUGGAUUGAUCGAGUUAAAACUCUCCGGAUUUCCCAUCUUAGAAGAGAACUGGCACUGUCAAUCUCUAUGGGAGAAUUGGAACUUUAUAAAAACAUUGGUGGUGGAUGGGUGUGCAUCCUUCUCAAGUGCUAUAUCACUGCAUCAUAUGCGGCAUUUGACAUGGUUGGAUGAGCUGGCUGUAGAAAAAUGUGAUUUAUUAGAACAAGUGUUUGGAGGUCAUAAUUCUAGUGAAGGUGUUACUAUGAGAAGGCUAGAAAAACUGGAGUUGAUUGAUCUGCCUAGGUUGAGGCAUGUGUGGAACAUGGAUAAUUUGAGCUUAAAAAAUCUAAGAGUGUUGAAAGUCCAAAAUUGCAGCAACUUGAUCUAUAUAUUUACAGUGUCUAUGGCUCUGUGUCUUGAAAACCUUAAGUACUUGGAAGUAAAGAGUUCUUCUUUGGUGAAACAUAUCAUAACAACGGGAGACGACGAAAUGACAUUGGAAAAUAAGACUAUUUUUCCUUUAUUACAGGCCAUAACUCUUGAGUGUUUGCCAAGUUUGUUAAGUUUUUACUCUGCAAAUCAAGUUCUCGAAUGCCCAUCCUUGACAUACAUUGAUGUAACUGACUGUCCAAAGAUGAAUUUGUUUUCUUCAACUUUUUCAACUCAGCAAGAUUCAAGCAUAGUUAUUGAAGCAGAGGAUGUUCUAAUUCCACCUAUUUUUGGUGGGAAGGUUGCAUUCCUAAACUUAGAAGCACUGGGAGUAGAAUGGAACGUAGUGAAAGAAAUAUGGUCUGGAAGAUUUGGAAUCCCAAUUUUAGGCCGACUAAAAGUCAUUGGGGUUACUUGUUUUCCUGGCGAAGAAGCAGUUUUGCUAUCUAACUUCCUUCAAACUCUCCGAAUUUUGGAGACGCUUGUUCUUAGUGAUGCUUCCUUUGAAGAAAUUAUAAUUGAUGAAGUGGAUGCUAGCGACCAAAUUCUUACACAAUUAAGAGAACUGAAACUGUGGAAGCUACCAAAUCUUAAAUACCUGAUAAAGCAAGACUCACGACUAACCUUGGUUAUUGAACAUUUGAAAAUACUUGAAGUAGUGGAAUGUGGUAGAUUGGAAGUUUUAGUUUCACCUUCAGUAUCUUUUCAAUAUCUAACAGCUCUACAAGUAUCAAAAUGUCAUGGUUUAAGAAAUUUGAUGACUCUGGCAACUGCUAGAAGUCUUGUGCAACUCGAAAGAAUGGUUAUAGACGAUUGUGAAUUGAUACUAGAAAUAGUUUCUAGUGAAGAAGAUAAAUUUGAAGAUGAGAUCCAUUUGAGUCGGUUAGAAUAUUUUGAACUUAAUGGUCUGCCACGCCUCACAAGCUUCUGCUCAGGUAGAUUUACCUUCAAUUUCCCAUCUUUAGAAGAAGUGAUUAUCAGAGAAUGUCCCAAAAUGGAGACUUUUUCUCAUGGAGUCGUAAAUACAUCAAAGUUACGGCGAGUUCAAACAGGAGAGCACGAUUAUGAAUGGGACUGGGAGGGCAGCCUAAAUGACACCAUUCAGGCAUCAUAUAUGGAAAUGGACUCCAAUAUGGUUGGUGUAGAAUGAGAUUUGUGGAGUUAUGAUUCAAUUAUGCUUGAAUUUCAGUCUCAUUGUCAUAACUGCUAUGUUUUUCUAUAAGGCAGUUUAAAAACUGCUUAUUCGUCUUUGGCGGCUAGCACGUGGUCAGAAGAUCAUAUAAAUUGGGGUAUUAUUUGGAGAUGGAAAGGCCCGGAAAGAGUUAAGCAUACUAUUUGGCUUGCUCUCCAAGGAGGCCUUAUGUGUAAUGCUGAAAGAUUCCGUCGUCAUUCAACUUCAGACAAGUCUUGCCAAAGAUGCGGAGGUCCUGUUGAAGACGAAGAACACGUGCUACGAAGUUGUAUUUAUGCUCGUCAACUCUGGCUUAGAGUCAUUGACAAGGAGACUCGAAAUCAGUUCUUCGCAAUGAGCUUCAAAGACUGGAUUCUUACUAAUUUGGCAGGAAAAAAUAAAUUUAAUGCUAGCAAUGAUUGGAGCUGUUUGUUUGGUGUUAGCAUUUGGAAAAUUUGGCUUUGGCGUAACCAAACUAUUCUGGGGAAUAAAUAUUCUUCAGUGGCUCAAGUGGCUUUAGAUAUUCAUGUUGGAAGAUGGUAGGCCCUUUAAUUAAAACACUCACAAAACACUCACACAAUAAAAGAAGAGAAAGCAAAUAUAUUUAACUAUUUGUAUUUGUAAUUGCUUUUCUUGAUUUUGAUAUCAAAACUUACAUGGUAUAUAUAGUAGUUCUAAAAUAGAACGUACAUGCAACUUAUUAACUUAACAUUAAUAAUCUAACUUAA